GGGGCUCUGGGGGAUAGGGUUUUUAAAGGCUCCCCAAGGAGUUCCCCACCAAGCAGCUCACUGCCUGGCCCUGGACACCUCUGUUGCCAUGUGGUUCCUGAUUCUGGGCCUCACCCUGUUCCUGGGGGAGACUGGUGCGGCGCCAACCAUCCAGUCCCGAAUCGUAGGAGGCCAGAGCUGUCCGAAGGCUUCCCAGCCCUGGCAGGCGGCUUUGUACCACUUCAGCAACAUCCAGUGCGGGGCCGUCCUGGUGGACCCUCAGUGGGUGCUCACGGCCGCCCACUGCAUCAGCAACGACUACCAGGUCUGGCUGGGUCGCCACAGCCUGUUUGAUGAUGAAGACACAGCUCAGCACGUCACCGUCAGCCAGAGCUUCCCUCACCCACUGUUCAACAUGAGCCUCCUGGAGCCGCAUCCCAGCAACCCAGAGGACGACUACAGCCACGACCUGAUGCUGCUCCGCCUGAAGGAGCCCGCGCGGAUCACAGAGAGCGUGCAGGUCCUGGCGCUGCCCUCGGAAGCAGCAGCGGUGGCAGCCAAGUGCCUGGCCUCGGGCUGGGGCAGCAUAAACCCGGAUGCCGACCAUGCUGUGUACCCAGACAACCUGCAGUGUGUGGACCUCAAAAUCCUGCCCAAUGAGGACUGCGCAAAUGCCCACGUGGUGAAGGUGACAGACAGCAUGCUGUGUGCGGGGCACCCGGAAGGUGGCAAAGACACCUGUGUGGGUGACUCGGGGGGCCCACUGGUCUGUGAUAGAGUGCUGCACGGAAUCACAUCAUGGGGCUACAACCCAUGCGGAAUCCCCGGGACACCUGGCAUCUACACCAAUAUCAAACAGCACCUAGAGUGGAUAAAUGAAAUCAUGGCAAAAAAUCCCUGAACGCCCUACGCUGCCCCUUACUCCCCUGCUCCCAAUAAAACCCAAUAUGCUUCAAAUGAA